UCACCAAUCCUGGUCAUUGACAAAAACCAGCAUGAAAAAGGGGGAGGGGGACCCGGGGGGCACUUUCUAUUUAAAUAGUGCAAUCUUCGUAGUCAUUUUAGCAGGAAACACCAUGGAAGAAGGCGUCAGUCUCUGCAUCCUCAUUCUCAUUUCUUUUCAGUUCUUCCUUGCAACCAGUGGAAUUCUGAACUCUUCAGCAUCACAAGGUACUGCCGUGUGCUCAGUCAUAAAUUGUGGGCAAGGAACUUGCAAGGCAUCUAAUGCAUCAUUUCUUGGUUUCGAUUGUGAGUGUAACUUUGGUUGGAGGAAACGCCAGAUUGGUUUGUUCACCUUCCCCUAUUGUGUUCUUCCCAACGGCACUGCCGAAUUCCAAAGUGGCGGUGGAUCUCCACUUCCACCUCUACUGCCACCAACAACGGUGGUUCCUUCAUACACCUUUUGUAUUCUCAAACUGUACGUUGCUCUCUAAGCUACAUGUAGAAUUUUACUCUUUUGUAUAACAUUUAGAUUUCACGUUCUGUUAUCUUGAACUCAGUAAUAUCAUAUUGAAAGUGAAGAAAGAGCUUUCAUGUUAAAGUUUCAGCCUGCCGGGUUGUUUGGUGUGGUAAUGGAGCCUGCGUGGCCGAUGGAACAGCUACAUACUCAUACACUUGCCAUUGCCACGAAGGCUCCGGAAAUUUCUUGAAUUUAACGUUUUUAACAUGCUUUAGGCGCUGUAAGUACCGUCCAUAUUUUUAUUUGUUUUGUUUAAUAAGUUUCAUGUUACUUCACAUUUUUUUCCUUUUAAGAAUUUUUAGGAAUAUUUACAAAAUACAGUAAAAUUUCAGAAUUUAUCAAUGAUAGAUGAAGUCUAUCAGUAUCUAUUAGUGAAAUUGAUAGAUUAUGAAAUUUUGGUCUUUUUUGUAAAUAUUUUAGUUUAUUUUUCUAUAUUUGAAAAUAAACUUAAAUAAAAGAUACGAUGUGCACCGACACAAUUUUCAGCCUAAAAUUUUUUCCAAGUGUCCGUGCUGCCUAAGGACUCGCUCAACCCUUAGUUUGGCCUCAUGGGACCUUUGUUAUGGAUGCCCAUUUUUUGAAUUUCUUUCUUGUGUAUGAUUAUUCUUACAGGCUUUUUUGGAGAAGAUUGCCAUUGUGCAUCUCCUCAUAGAAGUGCUUCUGCUUCAAUUCCCCAAAAAAUUGGCAAGAUUUUUUCUAUUCUAUAGUAUUUUUUAAAUCGUAGGAUAUUAAAUUCUAAGUAAAUGACCAUCAUGGAUUGAACUCAUCCUUCUAUUAGUAUCGUCUAAAUUUCUGCUAUAUUAUUUCUCUUUCAUUUUGUAUUAAUAGACUAGAUAAUCUUAAUGCACAUG